CAAGUCACUGCGGUGUCACGUGACGCUCCACAAGCCGGUCCGCCAUGAUGCAGGCAGUAGGACGUUGUUGCAAAAGGGUCUUAGCCGCCUCUAAGGCGAAUAUUAUUCAACAAAAACUAACAGACACUGCAACAAAAGCUGCUUCCGGUCAUCUAGUAUCACGACGUAACUAUGCAGCGGAAGCUGCGGCAAAAGCCGCUCAGUCGGCUCUCCCAAAAGGAAAGAUUGUGGCAGUUAUUGGUGCCGUUGUAGAUGUACAGUUUUCAGAGGGACUGCCUCCUAUUCUAAAUGCCUUGGAGGUCACAGGGAGGAGUAGCAGACUAGUUUUAGAAGUAUCACAACAUCUAGGUGAAAACACUGUGAGAACAAUAGCCAUGGACGGUACAGAAGGAUUGGUCCGAGGCCAGGAGGUAGUGGACACAGGGAACCCCAUCAGUAUACCCGUGGGACCACAGACCCUAGGCCGUAUUAUGAACGUCAUUGGAGAACCCAUUGAUGAGAGAGGGCCCAUUGGUUCCAAAAAGUUUGCCCCCAUCCACGCUGAAGCCCCAGAGUUUGUAGAAAUGAGUGUCAACCAGGAAAUUUUGGAGACAGGCAUCAAAGUGGUAGAUCUUUUGGCCCCCUAUGCCAAGGGUGGAAAAAUUGGUCUGUUCGGGGGCGCUGGUGUCGGCAAGACUGUGUUGAUUAUGGAACUGAUUAACAACGUUGCCAAGGCUCACGGUGGUUAUUCCGUCUUUGCUGGCGUGGGAGAGAGAACACGUGAGGGAAAUGACUUGUACCAUGAAAUGAUCGAGUCUGGUGUCAUCAGCUUGAAGGAUGAGUCCUCAAAGGUAGCUCUAGUGUAUGGUCAGAUGAACGAACCCCCAGGUGCCCGUGCUCGUGUUGCUCUGACUGGACUGACGGUAGCCGAGUAUUUCCGUGACGAAGAAGGACAAGAUGUGUUGCUCUUUAUUGAUAACAUCUUUAGAUUUACACAAGCUGGCUCUGAGGUGUCUGCCCUGCUGGGUCGUAUCCCCUCAGCUGUAGGUUACCAGCCCACACUGGCCACUGACAUGGGUACUAUGCAGGAGAGAAUUACGACCACAAGAAAAGGAUCCAUCACAUCAGUACAGGCCAUCUAUGUGCCAGCUGAUGAUUUGACAGAUCCCGCCCCUGCCACCACCUUCGCUCACUUGGACGCCACCACCGUGUUGUCCCGUGGUAUUGCUGAGCUGGGUAUCUACCCUGCCGUGGAUCCUCUCGAUUCCAUCUCUCGUAUUUUGGACCCCAAUGUGGUCGGAGAGGAGCAUUACGAAGUGGCACGUGGUGUACAGAAGGUGUUGCAGGACUACAAAUCACUGCAAGAUAUCAUUGCCAUUCUGGGUAUGGACGAGUUGUCAGAGGAGGACAAGCUGACCGUGUCUCGCGCCCGUAAGAUGCAGAAGUUCCUGUCGCAGCCUUUCCAAGUGGCCGAGGUGUUCACUGGCACGGAGGGAAAACUAGUGCCUCUCAGUGAAACAAUCAAAGGAUUUAAACAGGUUCUCAACGGUGAGCUUGACCACAUCCCAGAGGUAGCCUUUUACAUGACCGGCACAGUGGACGAGGUGUUGGUCAGAGCUGACGAACUGGCCGAGGAACAGGCUGCAAAUUAACCUGCAAUUAUACCAUAGGACUUAAAACAAUACAUCUAGGUUACUUAUUGUUUCAUAUAGUAUUCCACGAUGAAAAUUAGAAAUUGUUCAAUGAAAAAAAUGUGGGAAUUGUAUUAUAAAGAUGGACAGCAGCACUGAAAGAUUUACUUGUUUAAUUGAUUGUAAUAGAAGGACACAGCUUGGAUAUUUUUUGCACAAGGAUUUGGUUGGACAGAGGUUAUUGAAAAGGGACACGAGUGGCAGUUUUCAUCUAGGGAAUGGGAAGUCUCACUUAAAGUGGAAGUUUUUUUCUGCAAGAAAUGUUCAGUCCUCUUAUAUCGACUUAUGAUUUUGAGGCAUCCUAGAGGAAAACUGCCCACAUUGAAAGCAAGACAGAAAUGCAGUGAAUUGUAGAAACUUUUGGUAUUUUUCAGAAAAUUGUAAAAUAGUUUGUUUUUUUUUUCCUAAGCGGCACUUGGUUUGCCAAAGGCGGUCUGAAGUUUCUGUUAAUUUAAUAUCCAGUCUCUUAGACACCCUGGUCUCGUCUGUGUGUGUGUUAUUAAAGCCAGCCAGAUGCUGCCAUUGUUUUGUGAUGGAUUGUGAGUUGGACAAAGUAUUCAAUAAAGUUUCUUGUCCAGAAAAAAAA